AUGUUUUACUAUCCGAACGUGCUCCACCGCCACACCGGAUGUUUCUCCACUAUUUGGUUAGCGGCUACCAGGGGCACCAGGGUGACUCGCAGAGAGCUGCUCAAAGUCAAUGUCAAGCUAACAUGCGGGGACAUCCAGGGCUACGUGACCGCUCAGGUUCCUGCGUCGCAGCCCCACCUGCCCAUGCCUCGCUUCUCGCUCUACCUGUCGUCCCAGCUGCAGUAUGGAGUGGUGGUCGUCUACCACAGCCAGUGUCGCUUCCUGCUGGAGGAGAUCCAACAGACCAUCGACCGCCUGCUGCGUGCUAAGAGAGGCUCACGCAUUGACAUGGCUGAGUCUGACAGGCUGGCCCUGAAUGUGCCUGACAGCCUGUACCUGAUGGAAGAGGCUGAGGGAGCCCAGGACCCCUUCUUCGGUCUCAUGGCACCACACCAACUCCUCAGCCCCUAUAAAAUACUCCAGCACUCCCUGGUGCCCAAUCCCCGCACCACACUUGACAACGAGGAUUUCAGGUCACCCCCAGUCGCCAUCACGCUGACAGAGAAGGAGCAGUUCGUUAUCACCACUGCUGAGAAUUUCGAGGGAGAGGAUCUACCUGAGGUCACAGACAGAGAGCUCGACUUGCUGAUGGAUCAAAACGACCAGUUCUGUAAAGAAGUGGAGCAGCAGCGGAGCAGGGAGAGAACCAGGGAGCUUGAAGGUGCCAUGUCCUCUUUUGACCAGUUGAAUAAAACAGCAGUGACAGCAGAGCGGGACAGUGUGUUCCUAAUGGAUGAGGAGACAGGUCAAACUGUGGACGUUCCUCUGGCACCUCAUGGCCUAGAGAUGACUCCACUGCGGGUUGCUAUGCCAACCCCGUCCUCUGGGGCAUCUAGGACAGAAGGAGACCAAGGGACAGAGCAUUCAAAUAUCAGGGUCUGUCCAAUCAGGAAACUUGCUGGAAAUCGCAGGCGUCAGCUGGUCUUUGCCGACCCUCAGGUCCAGAUUUCUGACCGAGCAAUGAAGGAGCAGAUUGAAAAACCACUGGCCGAGACACUGGAUCUGUCCGAUGUGUUGCUGAACUUGCCCACCUUGACCAAGUUGGCCACACCUGCCCGGCUCUUCAGCGCCCCCUGUGGAUCCCUCCCUCAUGCUGACCUCCAGUUGCUAUGGAAACAGUGUGCCUUGCUCACUGCCCUGCCUGUGCAUGGGACAAGUGGGGAGGAAGAAGAGGAGGAGGAGGCGAGAGUGGCGUCUGAGCAGGAGCAAGAAAUACUGAGGCACUCGAGCAUGAAGCAGAUAUCCAGUGAGUCAGGACUGCAACCCGCUGAUGGCUCAUCUACAUUAGAUGUGAUCCUGGACAUUUCCAGAGAGGACAAGUCUUUAAGCGAUGUGAUCAUCCCUGUUGGGAGAUGGUCUCCGCAGGAGGACACUCGGCUCGUAAUGGAGCCUAUAGCAGAGGAGAACAUUGAAAUGCCCGAGGCGCAGACCGACACAGAGAGCAGUGACAUGCUCAGCUGGAUCUCCUCCGCCCAGCAGAGGUUUACUGAGGUCACCUUUGACUCUCUGCUGCCCCCCGAGGCCGACCGCACCACCGCAGCUCACACGCUCUACAAACUGCUUGAGCUGCUCUCUGGCAGACACGUGACCGUCCUCCAGACUGAACCCUACAGCAACAUGACCAUCAGCUCUGCCUGA